AUGGCGCCGCCUCCGGCCCCGCUGCCCGCGUGGGAACCGGACGGCGCCGGGCGCGAGCGGAGGGGGCCGGGCGCCGUGAGCUUCGCGGACGUGGCCGUGUACUUCUCCCCCGAGGAGUGGGGCUGUCUGCGGCCCGCGCAGAGGGCCCUGUACCGGGACGUGAUGCGGGAGACCUACGGCCACCUGGGCGCGCUCGGGUUCCGAGGCGCCAAGCCAGCUCUCAUCUCCUGGGUGGAGGAAGAGGCCGACCUGUGGGGCCCGGCUGCCCGGGAUCCGGAGGUGGGAGAAUGUCUGACAGAAGCAGACGCAGCAGAUUCCAGAAACAAGGAAGAGAAAAGACAAAGAGGAGGGACUGAGGCCCCGGAGAAGAGCCCUUCUGUGCAAGCUCGGCCUCCAACGCACCCUUCUGCUGGCUUCCCUGACAGCUCGGGGCAGCCGGCCAAGGCACCCCGCCGGGGUCGCCCCCCGCUCUGUGCGCAUCCCCCUGUCCCAAGAGCCGACCAGCGUCAUGGUUGCUACGUGUGCGGGAAGAGUUUUGCCUGGCGUUCCACGCUGGCGGAGCAUCUGUACACGCACACGGGGGAGAAGCCCUUCCGUUGCCCCGACUGCGGCAAGGGCUUCAGCCAGGCCUCCUCUCUGAGCAAGCACCGGGCCAUCCACCGAGGGGAGCGGCCCCAUCGCUGCCUGCACUGCGGCCGGGCCUUCACGCAGCGCUCGGCCCUCACCACUCACCUGCGGGUGCACACGGGCGAGAAGCCCUAUGGCUGUGCUGACUGCGGCCGCUGCUUUAGCCAGAGCUCUGCCCUCUACCAGCACCAGCGGGUCCACAGUGGCGAGACUCCCUUCCCCUGCCCGGACUGUGGCCGCGCCUUUGCCCACGCAUCAGACCUUCGGCGCCACAUACGCACCCACACGGGCGAGAAGCCCUACCCGUGCCCAGAGUGUGGGCGCUGUUUCCGACAGAGCUCCGAAAUGGCAGCCCAUCGGCGUACCCACAGCGGCGAACGCCCCUACCCCUGUCCUCAGUGUGGCAGGUGCUUUGGCCAGAAGUCAGCCAUGGCCAAGCACCAGUGGGUCCACAGGCCUGGUGCCGGGGGGCACAGGGGCCGGGGUGCCGGUGCAUUGCCUGUGCCUCUGGCCCCUGGCCAAGGGGACCGGGACCCACCUGUGGGCUUCCGGCACUACCCAGAAAUAUUCCAGGAGUGUGGGUGAUGGUCCUAAAGAUGUCAAGG